CGUAGUGACGCAGACUCAGAAUUCCCAUUUCCCGCCAAACUGUGAGGCUGGGGUUUUUCUUCCCUCCAGUGGUGCUGUCAGGCAAAGCCCCCGAGGCUCAUGGAGGCAUUUGACCCCAACGAGCUCCCCGAGCUGCUCAAGCUUUACUACCGGAGGCUCUUCCCCUUCUCCCAGUACUAUCGCUGGCUCAAUUAUGGCGGAGUGGUAAAGAAUUAUUUUCAGCACAGGGAGUUUUCGUUCACACUGAAAGAUGAUAUAUACAUUCGCUACCAGUCUUUCAACAACCAAAGUGAGAUGGAAAAGGAGAUUCAGAAAUUGAAUCCACACAAAAUUGAUAUUGGAGCAGUGUAUUCCCACAGACCCAUUCAGCAUAAUACAGUGAAGCUAGGAGCUUUUCAAGCUCAGGAAAAAGAACUGGUGUUUGACAUUGACAUGACAGACUAUGAUGAUGUGAGGAGAUGCUGUAGCUCUGCAGAUAUAUGUUCUAAAUGCUGGACCCUUAUGACAAUGGCCAUCCACAUCAUAGACAGAGCUCUAAAAGAGGACUUUGGAUUUAAACAUCGCCUCUGGGUAUAUUCUGGAAGGAGAGGUGUUCAUUGCUGGGUCUGUGAUGAAACAGUCAGAAAAUUGUCCUCAGCAGUACGCUCUGGGAUAGUAGAAUAUCUAAGUCUUGUAAAGGGCGGAGAAGAGAUGAGAAAGAAGGUUCAUCUCAGUACAAAGGUUCAUCCUUUCAUCAGAAAAUCAAUAAACAUAGUAGAAAAAUAUUUUGAAGAAUAUGCCCUGGUUGGUCAAGAUAUUUUUGAAAAUAAAGAGACCUGGGAUAAAAUUUUAACUCUUGUCCCUGAAUCUAUUCAUGCUGAACUUCAGCAAGGAUUCCAGAAGUGUCAUAAUUCAGUCCAGCGCUGGGAACAUUUGAAGAGAACAGUGAGCACAAAUCGGGCUGUCAAAAAUGAGAAAUUUGGACCCUGGGUAGAGUGGGAGAUCAUGCUACACUACUGUUUUCCUCGGCUGGAUAUCAACGUUAGCAAAGGGAUCAAUCAUUUACUGAAGAGUCCAUUCAGCGUUCAUCCUAAAACAGGUCGUAUUUCUGUUCCUAUUAAUUUGCAGAAAGUGGAUCAAUUUGACCCAUUCAUCGUUCCUACUAUAAGCCAGAUCUGCCAUGAAUUAGAUAUGGUCUCCACUAAUGAAGAUGAUGGGGACAAGGAAAAUGAAGCUGAACCUGACACCAAGCGUCAUACUAGAGAUUAUAAGAAGACCAGUCUGGCUCCCUAUGUGAAAAGUUUUGAACAAUUUUUGGAAGAACUGGAUAAGUCCAGAAAAGGAGAACUUCUGAGAAAGAGUGAUGCACAGAGAGACUUCUGAAGACAACGGUUCCCUUUAAACCAAAGUAGAUUUCUCUGACCUUCAACCAGUAGCUCAUUACAUCCAACCAUGUUAUAAUAUGCUGGACCAUACACAAUAUAAUUAUUGGGUCAUAGCUUACAAAUGUUAACAGCAGUUUAUAUUGAAAAGGUUCCUAAUGCCAUUAAAAAUAUAUUUACAAAUGUAAGGCAUCUGGCAGAAAGAGAAUUUGGUGAUAGUUGGAUUUGGUAUCAUUUUCAAAGUAGAUUUUUUUUUGGAGAGGAGGAAUCAGGCUUUCCAGUUCAUUAGCUUUUUUUUCCAGUUCAUUAGCUUUGUGGGAUAAUUUGUUUAUAACAAAGUGGGUACCUUUAAUAUUUUUUGGUAACAAAAGUUUUCACCUUUUGUUACCAAAAAUAUUAUUAAAGACAUUUGAGCAAUAAUAUAUUCAAGAUCCUAAUUUCAAUUCACUGGAAACAUUUGGGAGAUUUUCCUGAUAGAGGAAGAGUUUGUCCUUAAGUCUCAGCCAGUUAAGUUUAUCGACCUCACAUAUGUUCUAAGUCACAACAGAAAUUUUCUGAGUUUCUGUUGGUCAGCCAUUCAUACCCUCAGUGCCCAGCCUUCACAAUUAAUUUUUAAAUAGUACACAGAACCUUUUUUCCUUUUUAAAAAUUUUUAACUUAAAACAAUCCCCUCCCCCAAUAAAUGAGCCUUUCCAUACAGAACACAGAGGAUUAUGGAUGAAACUAUGAAUCUCUGCUUCAUACUUCUUGCUUUUUUUAAAUGAUAAAUUUUAUGUUACUUUCCAAACCAACUUGCUUAUCUAUACUUGUUUUUGUUUUCUUCUAUGCAUUUUUAAAAAAUGUUUCAAUGGCCCACUUUAUUUGGCAUCAUAAUUGCUAAUCUGCUUUUUCCUCCACCCCUCCAUUAAAAACUAAAAAAAAACUUGUAAUGCCUCAGUCAAACAAAAUGAAUCCACACAGUAACUGAGUCCAAAAAUAUCUAUCUCUUUCUGUCCUUGAGUCCAUCACUUUUUUGUCAGGAGGUGGAUAACAUGCCUCACCUCUGGAGACAUGGUUACUCAUUGCAUUGAUCAGAGUUCUUAAAUUUACCUUUCUAGCUUUCUCUUGUCUGAGUUUUCAUUUCAACGUUUUUAUUCAGUGGGGGUCUUUUCUUCAGAAAUGCUUAAGUCUUCUAUUCCAUUUCAUUUUUGAAAUUUUACCCUUAGUUGCUGGUUUAACACUAUUGAUACUAAGUAGAGUAUUCUUCAAGGCUGUUUCCAAAGAAACCACUUGUAGCUACUUCUUGUUCCCAUGUUCCUGGAAUUCUUAGAAUUAAGGAGCAGUCUAGAAAUAAAUACUGGCCAACCUUACUGUCAAAGACUUAGAGUUAUGUGAUAAAAAGCACCUUGACAUUUUAAAAUGCCCAAAUACUUUACUUCGAAAAUAUAUUUUCAAUUUUGUUUUAUCCAGAUACUUGACUGUGUGUCAAUACAAUCCAAGUGACAGAUUUAUUUUAUUUACUAUUAAACUUUUAAAAUGCUUUAUUAAUAUUCUUUUUCCAUAUUAAUGUACUUCAUACCAACUCACCUCUCCCUUGCCCCCAAAUGGAAGCCCUCCAUUAUAGCAAAUUUAUGUAAUCAGGCAAAACAUAUCAAGAAAUCAUCCACAUCCAAAAAAAUGCAUAUCUGAUUCUGGACCUCUGUUCUAUCACUUCUCUACCAUGUCUGUCAGUCAAUAAAUAGUCAAUCAAUAAAUGUAUAAGUGCUUACAGGCACUGUGCUGGAUGCUGGAGAUACAAAU